AUGAAGGUCUCCGUCGUCGCAUUCGCCGCCCUCCUGGGCUUCACCUCUGCUCAGAAGGCUUCCGUUAUCAACAGAUGCACCUCUACUAUUUACGUGCAGUCCUUCCCGUAUGAUGGAAGUGCGCCUGGUCCUCUCACCACUCUUCCAGCUGGAAAGUCCUUUUCCGAGUCGUUUAGACGCUCUGGUUCGACUAUCAAGAUUGCCAAGACCAAGACGCUUGACAAGCCUUUGUUCUUUGGGUACUCUUUCUCUUCAAACCCCGACUACGCUUAUUAUGAGUUUAGCACUGAAUGGGGCAACCCGUUUGCUGGAAACCACAACAUUCUGAGCCCGGGCGCGGGCUGCGAGCUCUUUGACUGCAAGGCGAACGACGCAAAUUGCUAUAGCACGCCGGCGCACAAGAAGGUUUAUGGGUGCCCUCAGCCCGUUGACCUGACUGCUGAGCUUUGCAAGUAG